UUUUAAAACAUCGAUGUUCGAUGUUUCCGCUUAACCCAUCACUACUUUGCAUGGAAAGAUCUUGGUAAGCUGGUAAGAUAUCGAAAGAGCAGAACAGCAAUGCUGCCGGGAAAGACGAACAAAACGACGCCGCCGAGGGUAUGCUCCCAAAUAAGAGGAAAAAAUUUAGGACAUCUUCUGUUUUAAAUGUGUAUUAAAUGUGGCAAAACAUAUCAAACAAGUGGGAAUACGACCAACUUGUCUUGCCACAUAAAGAGGAUACAUCCUAAUUUAACAGUAAGUGAUUUGCCACAAAGGCAACAGCUGUCAAUUCUGUCAUUUAUUGAAAAAAAAUAUGAAACAUCGUCGAACCGAAAACAAACACUGGACAGUGCCUUAUGCUCCUACAUUACCUCAGACUUGCGCCCUUUUUCAGUGCUGGAAAAUAAAGGCUUUAGAAAUUUCGUAAGCCACCUUGAUCCACGGUAUGAAUUGCCUUCACGAACCACAUUGAGAAACGUUUCGAUGGCAAAUGCAUACGCAGAAAAGAAGGCCAAGUUGUUCGAACUUUUAAAAAACGUAAAGCACUGUGCAAUUACCUCCGAAUGCUGGACGUCAAGAGCAAACGAGUGCCACUUCGUGACAGCGGACUUCGAAUUGCGCAACGCUGUUUUGGUCACUGAGAAGCUCAUCGACGAAACGACCCACUCUUCGGAAAACAUAGCAAACUCCAUACGCGCAGUGCUCGAGGAAUGGAGUGUGUUAGGAAAGGUCACUGCUAUGGUCACAGACAACGCCAAAAAUAUGAUAAAGGCAUGUGAGAUCCUGCAAAUUAGACAUGUUCCAUGCUUUGCGCACUCAAUAAAUUUAACAGUGCAGGACUGUUUGGCAUCUGAAAACGUCAAACCCAUUUUAGAAAAGUGUAAGCGCAUUGUUGCCUUUUUUAAAAGUAGCACAAUUGCCUUUGCCAAAUUUAGAGAGGCGCAGGAUUGCGAACGCCCAUAUAGUUUGAAGCAAGAGUGUCCAACCAGGUGGAACAGCGCCUUUUACAUGGUGGAACGAAUCUUGAUUACGAAGGUUGCUAUCGCAAGCGUUUUACUAAACACGUCCAAGGGGUUAUUGCCGAUAACCUCGGAUGAAAUAUCCAUUCUGGAGGACUUGAAGGCAUUACUUUCACCGUUUGAGAAUGCAACGGUGCACACAUCCUCAAGUACGUCUGUGACAGGGUCAUCAGUGAUUCCUGUUGCUUGCGGUAUAUUACACAACCUGUCAGCCCUGAAAUCGAAACUCCAGACAAAGGUGGUAUGCGAUGACUUGCUUCAAGGGGUCAAUAAAAGAUUGGUCCCCUAUGAAUCUCAUACUGUGACACGAAUGACCACAAUAUUAGACCCUCGCUUUAAAAAGGAGGGGUUUUGGAACCCAUUUAAUUCCUCUCAAGCAGUUAAAUCUUUAGAGGAGGAGCUGUCGCACAUCUAUGCUCAAACAAAAUCAUCUACAUCUUUAAACCCGCCAACACCAGAACCCACAGCAGAGUCCAACCUGUUAUUCAGUUUCUUACAGGCCAACUAAAAUAAAAAAAUUCAAAGCGAUCGCGUGGAUUCUAUACUAGCUCUACGCCAUUAUUUGAAUGGUACUAAUUUGGAGCCUGCACAAAACCCAUUAGAUUAUUGGAAGAUAUCAAAUAACACCGCAUUCAAAACAUGCGAUUUUAAAGUACUUCUGCGUUCCGGCCACUUCCACUGAAAGUGAACGAAUGUUUAGCAAGGAAGGACUGGUUGUGAGCGAAAAGCGGAGCUCGCUAAAAGCCAAAAAUAUUAAUGUUAUUUUAUUUUUAAACAAAAAUGACUGUAUAAAUUAAUUUAAGUUAUGUAUCUUUUUUUUUUGAGUAGAACUCAAUGUUAUUUUUUAUUUUAUCAAUUGAAUUGUUAUUUUAUUUUAAUUUUUUUUUUUCCUUUUUAUGUUUAAGAAGUAAAAACUAUAAGGAAACUAUGGACCUCUAAUAAAGCUUUUUUUUAUAAACAACUUGUAUCCAUUUGAUGAAUUUAUGCGGAAUAAAAUACACUUUACAAAAAAAAAA